AUGCCAGACAAGAUUCCCAGGCUCCCGCCUUCGGGCAUCAAGGUCAUCGUUGUCGGCGCUGGCUUCGGUGGGCUUGCUGCCGCUAUUGAGUGCGACCGCAAGGGCCACUCCGUCGUGCUCUACGAGAAAGCGGCAGACGUCGAGGAGCUGCAGCGCAUCGGCGAUAUCAUCUCCUUCGACCCUAACGGCAGCCGCUGCUUUGAGCGUUGGCCGGGAGUUGUUCCUGCGCUCGAGAAGGUCAUGCGGAGGACCGAUUCCAUCUCCUUCUACGACUGGAAGGGCAAAUUCGUCACGACGCAGUCGUUCGAGAAGGAAAAGGCCUGGGGCAAGCGCAUCAACGCGCACCGCGGCGCGAUACACCAGGUCAUUUGGGACCAUAUCAAGGAACGUGGGACCAUCGACAUACACCUGAACCAGAGAGUGACAGACUAUUUCGAGGAUGAGAACGGGGCUGGGGUCAUGGUGAAUGGGAAGAAGGUCACUGCCGACGUGGUGAUUGCUUCCGAGGGCGUACGGUCGCGUGGCCGCAAGAUCGUUCUGGGUUUCGACGACAAGCCCAAGUCAUCUGGCUAUGCCGUCUAUCGGGCAUGGUUCCCUGCCGACAAGCUGGCAAAGAACCCUAUUACGAAACACUUGGUCGAGAACGGCGACACCCACAGCGGUUGGAUCGGGCGCGACAUCCACUUUCUGGCAUCGUCCUUGAAGGGCGGAAAGGAGUUCAACUGGGUGUUUACCCAUAUCGAUGAUGGGAACAUUGAAGAAAGCUGGCAAUUCCCUGGCAAAGUGGAGGAGGCGCUGCGGUAUCUUGAAGGCUGGGAUCCUGUCGUUCUCGAACUCGUCAAGGCCACACCUGAGGGAAGACUGAUUGAUCACAAGCUGGUAUACCGAAGCCCUCUUCCCACCUUCAUCUCUCCCAAAGCCAAGAUCGCGCUGAUCGGCGACUCCGCACACCCGUUCCUUCCAACCUCUAUCCAGGGUGCCAGCCAAUCCAUCGAGGAUGGUGUGACCCUGGCCACUUGUCUCGAACUGAGCGGGAAAGGGAAGAUCUCCGAGGCGCUGAGGGCCUACGAGAAGAUCAGGUAUGAUCGAGUCCACAAAGCUCAGGCAACGGGUGUAUCCACCCGUGAGCGUUGGCACCACGCGAACUGGGAUGAGAUAUGGAAGAACCCAGAGUCGAUACACUUAGUUCGGGAAGCAUGGCUCCUCAACUUUGAUGCAGAGAAGCACGCAUACGAAAUGUAUCCCAAGGCGGUGGCAAAGUUGAACCAAGAAAAGGCUCGUCUUUAA